AUGCGGUCGUUAACGAACCUGAGUCUCUCACUUCUCCUUCUUCUCCUCCUCUUCACUCACACACGUAUGGUCGCUGGCUUUGGUGAAGUGGAGUCACAGCGGCUGGAGGCUGAACACGUUGAAGAGCCAGAUGUUGCUCUAACUGACGUAGUGGAAUCCAUGAUAGGAAGUGACGAUUUUGACAAUGCUGAUAUCCUUGAACCAGCAAGUGCGCUACCUUGCAAGUUGCCAGGUCGAAGAUGGUCAUGUGGUCCAUGGUGGAGACGUAGACGCAGAGGUCGACGCGCAUAA